UUCAGGUCUGUCAGCAGAAAAUGCUUGAUGAGAAUCGACAAUCUUUUUUGCGACUAAUGCAAUAUAAAAGCAUGACGUAUUCCCCCCAAAUGUUAUUUCAGAUGUACGCAAUUAGAAGCCAGCCCACAGUAGCUCAAAGGGAGCUACGAGAGGAAGAUGGCGUGGAAGACAUGACACAGCUUGAGGAGAUGCACGACAAUGCUGUUCUUCUCAAUCUAAAAACAAGGUUUGAACGGAAUCUUAUUUAUACCUGUAUAGGUAGUAUUCUGGUUUCUGUGAACCCUUAUAAGAUGUAUAACAUCUAUGGGACGGACAUGGUGCUGCAGUACAAGGGUCGUGCCCUGGGCGAGAACCCUCCACAUUUGUUUGCAAUAGCCAACGCUGCUUAUUCCAAAAUGAUGGACGCCAAACAUAAUCAGGUCAUAAUUAUCAGUGGGGAGAGUGGCUCUGGUAAAACUGAGGCCACCAAACUUGUCCUUCGCUACCUUGUAGCUUUACAUCACACGUGUAAUCUUGCCCAACAGAUUGAGAUACUUGAGGCUGCUCCUCUUCUUGAGUCAUUUGGAAAUGCCAAAACUGUGCGGAAUGAUAACUCCAGUCGCUUCGGGAAACACAUGGAGGUCUUUAUGGAGGAUGGUGUGAUCAAUGGUGCCAUAACUUCUCAAUAUCUUCUGGAAAAGUCGCGCAUCGUCUUCCAGGCCAAAGAUGAAAGAAACUAUCACAUCUUCUAUGAGAUGCUGGCAGGCCUUUCGUCUCAGCAGAAGCAGACUUUCUAUCUCCAGGAGCCUGAGACUUACUAUUACCUCAACCAGGGAGGGGAUUGUGGGAUUACAGGAAAAGAUGAUGGCGAAGACUUCCAGCGUCUGCUCGCUGCCAUGGAGAUCCUCCACUUCACCUCAGACGACCAGUCGGUCAUUUUUAGAGUUUUAUCUUCCAUACUGCACCUGGGAAAUGUCUACUUUGAGAAACAUCAGACUGACGGCCAGGAGGUGGCGACAGUGGUGAGCGCUCAGGAGAUCAGGGUGGUAGCAGAACUGUUGCAGAUCUCUCCAGAAGGCCUGCACAAAGCCAUCACUUAUAAAGUCAUGGAGACGAUGAGAGACAAGAUUUACACCCCACUGACUGUAGAAAGCGCUGUAGAUGCCAGAGAUGCUGUUGCCAAGAUCUUGUACUCGCUGCUCUUUCAUUGGUUAACAGAGAGGGUCAACACUCAGGUGUAUCCUCGCCAACACACCCUCUCCAUCUCCAUCCUGGACAUUUAUGGAUUUGAGGAUCUGGCAUACAACAGCUUUGAACAGCUGUGCAUUAAUUAUGCCAACGAGUACCUGCAGUUCUUCUUUAAUAAGAUAAUUUUCAGGGAAGAGCAGGAGGAGUACAACAGGGAGCAAAUUCCAUGGCAGGAUAUUCCAUUUAAUGACAACCAACCCUGCAUUGACCUCAUCGCCGCUAAACCCCACGGCAUACUUAGAAUCCUGGAUGACCAGAGCUGUUUCCCACAGGCGACGGAUCAUACGUUUCUCCAAAAGUGUCACUAUCACCAUGGCAAUAACCCAUUGUAUGUGAAGCCAAAGAUGCCCUUUCCUGAGUUCACCAUCAAGCAUUUUGCUGGACGGGUCACCUAUCAGGUUUACAAGUUCCUUGAUAAAAACUACGAUCAGGUUCGUCAAGAUGUGUUGGACCUAUUCAUGAAGAGCAGGAACAAGAUGGUGUCGAACCUCUUCCUGGUUCAUGCAGAAGUCCUGGGGCAGAAAAGCAACACGGUCACCAGGAAAUACCAAGCAUCCACCGUCAGCAGCAAAUUCCAACAGUCUCUGUUGGAGCUAGUGGACAAGAUGGAGAGGUGCAACCCGUUUUUUGUCCGCUGCAUUAAGCCAAAUAACACAAAGAAUGCAGGUGUGUUUGAAGACGACCUGGUCAAAGGUCAGCUGCGUCACUCCGGCAUCAUGGAGACGAUCAGGAUCCGGAAAGAAGGCUACCCUGUUAGGAUGCCAUUUUCUAUCUUCCUGUUCAGAUAUAAGUCCCUGGUGGGAAUUCAGCAGCUUCCAUCAGCCAAUGGAGACAGCUGUGUGCUUCUGCUCAGUAAACUGUGUCCUCUCAAACCAGGAGACUACCACGUCGGCGUCGCAAAGUUAUUUGUGAAGGAGGCCAUCUACCAGCUGUUGGAGUGCAAACGGGAACGCUGUCGCCACCUCGCCGCGCUCACCCUGCAGCGUUACGCUCGCAUGUACCUUGCCCGGAAACGCUACGUGAAUCUACGCCACAUGAUCAUCAGGCUGCAGGCGCAUUGCAGAGGAUUUCUUACGAGGAGGCACUAUGUGAAAAUGAGGCACAGCAUGGUUCGGUUCCGGUCCCUCGUCCAUUAUUAUAUCGUCCGGAAACGAUACGUCAAGAUGAAGUUGAUGGCCAAGCGCAAAGCUGAGGAGGAGACGAAGAAGAGAGAAAUGGAAUUGAUGAAAAGAGAAGUGGUCAAUGUGACGCACUUGGUGAUCCCUGCAGAGCUUGGCACUCUACUGCAAGCAGCAGGAGCCAGGCGAGAGUUGCACUCUGACUGCUUGGCUCUGCUUCAGGCACCUCAUAUCCGAGAGUCCUCUUCCGGUCAACUCACUCUGCCUCUGGACAUUAACAACUACCCCUUCGAUCGUUACGUGCUCAGAUACUUCAGAGAGCCCAAGUUUGGGAUGUUGAAGACACCCCUGGAGGCCCCUCUAACCUGCAUCGAAGAGGACCUGAAAGCCGAAGCUCUGCAGCUUUUCAACAUGGUGUUAAGAUUCAUGGGAGACCCUCACCUGAAUGGCGCGCAGGAGAACAUGUUUGGCAAUUACAUCAUCCAAAGAGGUCUCUCGUCUCCAGGGUUACGAGAUGAGAUCUUGUCUCAGGUGGUCAACCAGGUGUGGCGCAACGUCAACGCUGACAAUGCGGAGAGAGGCUGGCUUCUAUUGCUGGCGUGUGUCUGCACCUUUGCUCCCUCGCCACAGAUGGACAAAUAUCUGCUCAAGUUUGUUUCUGACCAUGCUGCCACUGGUUGCCAAGCAUUGCUGCAACAUCGACUCAUCCAAGCCAGUCAGAAGACGCAGCAGAGUUCAGGCCCCGCUCCCGAGACUUCACGGACCUAUCCGCUCUCCCUGCUGGAGUGGACGACCAAUCGGAAGAAAGCUAACAUGGCGUUACAUGUGCAUUGUUUUGAUGGAUCGUCGUUCCUGUGCCCAGUUCACUCCUGGACCAGUGGCGAAGAUUUAGCGGGAGACAUCCUGCACCACAGGGGCGUGUCAGACUGGUGGAGAGGAAGUUCAGUCCUGAUGAAGGAGCAUGGCCAGUGGGUGGAAUUAGCGGGUCACGACUACGUGAUGGACCUGAUUGCAGACCUGGAGCUUCCAAAUGUCUUCCCAAAACAGAAGAGCUACUUCGUCAUCAGUACUGACAACCCCACGAGAGUCAGGGCCAAUGCCAGCCUAACACUAUUUGGGAGCGGCUUUGAUUCAGAUGAUGAACCUCCGCCUUCCCUUCCUCCGAGCGGAGGCUGCAGACCAGCCUACAGCCUCUCUGAGUCUGACGGUUACCACAGCCACGUGGAGUCCGAUGCAUUCAGUGACGGUCAGACUCAGAGAGGAAUGGACCGUUAUCUGGACAGCCUGUUCGAUCCCGUUCUGUCUGACGGCAACACGGACAUGGAAAAGGCCGGAACUUUGGCAGCAAGAAUGAAGGGAGGCGGAGGUAUAGGCAUCUCAGGAGGAGAAAGAGGAGAGGAGGAGAGUCAUCUGGUCCCCAGUAGGCCGCAUCCACCCGGAAUACAUCCUGGAGCCGUGCCGGUGCUCCCAGUAGCAGGAGGCAUGAUGCCACCUAUCCCUACCUUGCCCACCUCCUCUCACCACCAUCACCAUGAACACCACCAACAGCAGCCGCAGCAGCAGCCACGACAAUAUCACCAAUACAACCGACCCCAUCACCCUUCCCAUCAAACGACUUCGUCCACCUCCGCACACGUAACCCCCAGUCAGACUUCCUCUCACGCUCCAUCCGAAGCCCCUUCUACACCCCCCUCUGCGCACCCUAGUCCUCUGAGUGCUACUGAUGUAGCAUCACAUGGCACCGGUGUUGCAGGUUUGGGGUUGCCCCCACUUCCGCCCAUGCCUGUAAUUCCAAGCUUGCCUGUUUUGGAAGGAACGGAGCAGGCAGCACUGACUCAACAGCAGCAAGCCAUUAUCAACCAGCAAGCCAUUAUUCUGGCCCAGCAGAUGACCAUGCAGGCCAUUGCAAUCCAGCAACAGAUGAUAUCCUCUUUCCCCACCUCUCAUUCGCCACCACUACAUUAUUACCCACACUCGCCGCAACAUUCUCGCACACCCAGUCCAACGAAAGAAGAUCGAGACAAUUCACCGCCAAGGCCCAGCUCUCAGCGCAAAAUGAGUCCAACACACAGCCCGCCUCCAGACGCUGUGGUCCGCGCCAGUGUGAGUAACACUGAGCGCACGGAGCCCAGCCAUGACAUCAAAGACAUCAUCAAACAGCACCAGCCUGCCAGCAUGACUCCCUCUGGACUUUCCAUCAAACGAAAAGAUAAUGGAAAGGUGUUCAUGAAGAAGCCAGACCCCCAUGAUGAAGCCAUGGAGAUCCUGAAAGACCAAAUGGCCAGCCCACCUCAAACAACUCGGAAGAAGUCUUUGCAUCAUAAAGAGGAGGGAGGAGAUCGCAAAAUGACCAAGCUUAAUGAAUCAACUCACUCCAACGUAGACCACGCUCCUCCUACAGUCUGCAGAGAGUUGCCAGUUGAAAAUGAGGUCAUCCAGACUCAACUCCACAGCAGGACCAGCGAUGAAUAUUAUACCUACACCAACGUCCCCUGGAAACUUUACCUGAGGAAGGAGGUGUUUUACCCGAAGGAGAACCUCAAUGAUCCGCUAAUGUUGGACCUAAUCUUCAGACAGGUAGUACAUGACACAUUCUCGGAGGCCUGCAUUCGAAUCACUCAAGAAGAAAGACAAAAGAUGAAAGCUCUCUUUGUGGAAAACCAGGUGGAUCAGGCUCCAGGUACUCACCAUGAGGACGUGAAGAAAAAGGUGGUUGCCAUGGCGAGAGACUCGUGGGAGAUCUACUUCUCUCGUCUUUUCCCGGCUUCUGUGAGCGCUUGGCCUUUUCGUUAA